UUUGCUAUAGCAAACUAUUAGUAACAGUAACAGCGCAGGCUAAUAUAACUAUUAAUUGAGUAGUAAAUUCUGAAAAUAUUAAAUUUCCUUAUUUUUAUUUGAGAGGCGAAUAAAUAAUUAUCUGGUGUUAGUUUGAAACGUAAUAUUAUUAUUGAUUUUUGUGUGUGUGUGUUCGGAAAGAUUGACAGUAACGGUCGCUCGUUUCACACAGCUUUAAUACAAAUCUGACUGCGCAUGCGCAUGACAACUGUUUCUUCCAGCGUGAUUCUUUACCGAACAGGAUUGUAUCUGGACAGGUUAAAUGAUUGGAAGAUGCUGGUGUUGUGAUCAUGUUGUUGCAGAAUCAGAGUUAUAUGACACAACAUGGUGGUGGUGUGCGAUUCUUUUCUCUGUGCCACAUCAGCAGUGAGAGAUCAGAUUAGAUCAGACUGCAGUUGAGUGUCAGGGUGAAUGGCUCAGAGUCAGACUGAGCACGCAGAAGCUCAGCUGGCUGAAAUCGAGCUGCUGCUGAGCAUGUUUCCCAGCCAGGACGAGCUGGAGGUGGAGCAGGUGGCGUAUGCAGAGCUCAGGUCUUAUGUGGAAGGCACAGCGGACUGUCCACCAGAUACCAGACCUGAACUCUGCGUCAAGAUCAGGACACACACCGGGGUGGACGUUUCACUCUCAUGCACAUACCCGUCUGACUAUCCUGCAGUGCUGCCCGAGAUCGUAGUCAGGUGUGGGGAGUUGAGCAGGGCGCAGCACACCUGCCUCGUCUCCGGGCUGCGCUCGUACCUGCGUGAGAACUGCACGGGCGAAGUGUGUGUGCUGUCCGCCGUCGACUGGCUCAGAGAUCACACACACGAAUACCUCGAGCAGGACGACAGCAACGAUGACGACGGUGCGAAAGGAACAACGGAAACACAGAUCGGAGAAACCUUUACCAGGCUGUGGAUCUACAGCCAUCACAUCUACAACAAGAGCAAAAGGAAGAACAUCCUGGAGUGGGCCAAAGAGCUGCAGCUGACCGGCUUCAGCAUGCCGGGGAAGCCAGGGGUUGUGUGUGUGGAGGGUCUACAGGCUGCCUGUGAGGAAUUCUGGGCCAGGGUGAAGGUCCUGACCUGGAAGCGCAUCAUGAUCCGUCACAGAGAGGAUGUCCCACUGGACUCAGUCACUCAGAACGCAGAAUCUCUGCGUCGGUUCGAUGGCUUUGAGGAGGCCGCAUUCGAUCCUCAUGGGAACAGAGGGAACCACAUGGACCUCGGGCAGCUCUUCCAGUUCCUCAGUGAGCGAGGUUGUGCCCAAAUCUUCCAGCUCUACUUUGGAGUCGAAGGGAGAUGAGCGAUGACUCUUCAUGAAGCAGGUUUUGAGUUUUAAAAGUGUGUGUGUGUGUGAGAGAGAAAGGGAGAUGAAUGAAGUGCCUCUGUUUUAAGCAAUACACAAUUUCCAUGUCAUGGAAUAAACAGUUAAGCAUAAACUGUCUUUUUUUUUAAUCUGUUCUAUAUCCCUUUGAUCUGUGUGUAUAUUGCUCUCACCGUCCACUUUAUUAGGAACAGAACAGUAACACAGAUUCGACACGCUGCCUGAAAGGUUUCUUUGAGAUUCUGGUCCACUAUGGCCUGACAUCACUGCUGAAUGUUUGUCAAAUUCAUGCUCCCAAAGGUGUCCUACUGGAUUCAGAUCUCAGUCAUGUUCUGUCAUCUUCAUGGAAGCAGAUUGAGAUUACUUUGUGACUUUAUCAUGCUGGAUGUAGCCAUUAGAAGAAGGUAUGAUACUCAGAUAGACUGCGGCAUUCAAAUGAUACUCAGGUGGUAUUAUGGUGUCCAAGAAAGCGAUCCCCACACCAUUAAACCAGCACCAGCAUGAAUUGUUCAUACAAGGCAGGUUGGGUCCAUGGAUUUAUGCAGCUGAUGUGGAAUUAUGACCUCACCUAAACAGUUAAGGCUCUGGGGUACUGAUUAUAAGCUUUGGGGGUUCAAGUCCAGGCACCACCAAGCUGCUGCCAUUGGGCUUUUGAGCAAGGCUCUUAACUGUCUCUGCUCCAGGGACACUGUAUCAUAGCUGACACUGUGCUCUGACCCCAACUUCUUAAGCUGGGAUAUGUGAAGAAAAGAAUUUCACUGUGUAGUAAUUUAUGUGACACUUAAAGGCUUCAUCUUCUUCAUGAAAGUGUGCAGAUCAGGCAAUGUUUUUUCCAUGGUUCUUUCUCAAAACUGUGAUUCAGUACUCAUAGUAACAUCAAAUGAUGUUACAGCUUCAUUAGAACUGAGUAUGGCAUGUCACUGAAUGUGGCAGCCAUACUGCAUACAAACUUUCCUGAAUAGGGAGGUCUGGUUUCAUACCUUAUGCAAAUGAUCACACAUUUCAGUGGGCGGAGCUAAUACGGUCUAUACAGUAAUUUUUUAGCGUUUGAGCAACACCAUUAAGUAAUUUUCACCUUGUUUUUUCAUUUCCCAAGACUUGUUUUUGUGUGCAACAACAUGAAUUGCACCCAGGUUCAACAUUUUGUGGGUUCUGAGUUUCUUUUCUGUCCUUCACGGUCAUACAGAGUCUGUAAAGAUGUUUUCACCUCCUGACCAAUUAAGCCACAAGUUGGCGGCAAGCAAGAAGAAUACAAUUAUGUAGACUCGAUGGAUGAACUUUGUAAAGAAUAAAACACUUGUGACCGUGCUGUUAUCAGAAAAUAAG